GGCUCGUUUAAGAGACAUGAUUUAGAAGUUGUGCGCACUUUAAAACUAUUUAUUUUUUCGGGAAAUCGGUCGCAGCAGUCUCGUGUUAUGUCUCCAGCAUCUCUCCGCCUCCCCGAGACAACAGCAUACAGUUUACAGCAACGUGCAGCUGCGUCAUUGUUUACAAACAGCUCCACCGGAAAUGAGACAAACAAAAACAAGCCGGGCAGUGCGGCGUCACCGCUUAGCAUUUAGCCCGUUCUGAGAAUUCGGUUUAUUCACGUUUCGCGCUGACAGUUUCGCCUAAAAAAGUGCUUCAUCGGGCUGGACGCUGCUCUCCGGGCGGGGGGAGCGAGUAUUUUGCAGGGGCUUCGACAUGCGGUGAGCUUUUAUCGCUCAAAGUGCUAAAAGUGCUGAGGAAAGCAGCUGCAGCCCCGCUAGCCUAUCCUAGCCUAGCCUAGCCGGCGAGCGCGAGAGACUAAUGCCUGCGUAGAGCCUCUUCGUUCCCCGGUUUGGCCUUGGCUCACCUCACUCGGCCAUGUUGCCCCGCACAGCUGGGCCUGCGGUGCACUGAGCACGGACAUGCUGUCGAUAUAAGCCAAAUAGGUUUGCUUUGCAGAUCUUUUUUUGUUUUGUUUUUUGGAUAAAUAAUCACCAUGAUUCUCAUUCCAAAGUAAUCCCCUGCCCUGUGCCCUUUGUUUUUAUUAUAUUUGUGAGCAUGGCUUUGAAAAGUGUCAGCUUUUAAAAGCCAGAAGUGCUAAUAUCACAAAAGGCCAAGCCUUCGUACUCAUCAUGACUCAUCUCAUCUGCGGCCCACGGAGCAGAAGACAGCUCUAAUUUCAUGCAGCGACUUGCUGGCUGUCUGGAUCACGUUGGCCACAUAACUCCUUGUGGCUCUGAUCUUGUGCUCAGCGUUGAGCUUCAGAAAGCAUCUAAAUAAGUAAAUAUUAUUUCAACGAGCUAAUUCUAUCGCCGCGAACGGCCGGAGGACGGAAGGUGACGUUGCAGCGGAUGAGGCGAUAAGAUGCAGCAGCUUGUGUAAUGGUUAUUUAUCACAACACUAGCUUAAAGACUCAGGAAUGUGAAGGAAACUUAAUAUACACUGCCAGAAACAGCCAAACAGCUCAAAGGGCUUUUUAACAAGAGACUUGCAGGUUUGCAUUGAGUGUCCGUUAAGAGGGUGUAUAGAUAGAUAUAUAUUUAUUAUUGCCUUAUUGUUUUCUGUAAAAGCGUUAGGCCAUGUCAGAUCUUUGUUCAGACGCAGUUGACGGGGGGGUUGUAGCAGCCCGUGAAGGGGAACAGAUGAAAGCGUCUAAACUUCAGGAUGAUAAAGUGGCCGCGAAGGAGGAAAGCAGCCAAAGAGAAGACAUAACGGAGGCCGCUGCACACGCCGAGGACAGCAAAGCAUCAUCAUGCCAGCAAAUUCCAACUAGCACAGCUUCCUCAGCGUCCUCAGGUCAUGCCGAGGUCAGCGCUAGUCCGGUAGCCGGUGAGAACCUUCCCGAGAGAGAGGAUUCAGAGGUGACCUACAGCCAGUCCUCCAUGAAUAGCUUAUUGGAGGAAACACCUUCCAUUUCCACGACCACGAUGAAUGUUUCCGAAGAGAACGGUCUGUCCAUGGACGAAUCCCUGACCUCCACCAAGUCUGACCAGGCCUUGUCUUUGAGUGAUGAUGUCCUGAGCGUCGAACUAGCUGAAGCUGCGGUCCCAUCGUUGACCGAUGACGUAGUAGGUGUGGAGAUGGCUCAGGCUGCGGCUCCAGGGCCGUCGCAGGCGGUGCCGGAGUACUACCUGGUGAAGUGGAUCACCUGGAAGGAGAAGAAGACCCCCAUCAUCACGCAGAGUGAAAACGGACCGUGCCCUCUGCUCGCCAUCAUGAACAUCCUCUUCCUGCGAUGGAAGGCCAAGUUACCUGCACAGACCGAGGUCGUUACCAUAGAGGACCUAAUGGCUCACCUGGGUGAGUGUGUGUUAUCCAUUAAGCCGAGAGAGAAAGCCGAGGGCAUGGAGCUCAACUUCCAGCAGAAUAUGAGUGACGCCAUGGCGGUGCUGCCGAAGCUCUCCACCGGUCUCGAUGUGAACGUUCGCUUCACCGGAGUGACGGACUUCGAGUACACGCCCGAAUGCAUCGUCUUCGACCUUCUCGACAUUCCACUGUACCACGGCUGGCUGGUAGACCCACAGAGUCCAGAAAUGGUGUCUGCAGUGGGAAAACUGAGCUACAACCAGCUGGUGGAGAAGAUUAUAGAGUACAAGCACUCAGCAGACAGCAGCAGAGUCAGCGAAGGUUUGAUAGCGGAGCAGUUUUUGGAGUCCACAGCCACCCAGCUGUCGUAUCACGGCUUGUGUGAGCUCAACACCACAGCUAAAGAGGGAGAGCUGUCUGUGUUCUUCAGGAACAACCACUUCAGCACUAUGAUAAAGCACAAGGGUCAUCUGUACCUGCUGGUGACAGACCAGGGCUUCCUGCAUGAGGACGGAGUCGUGUGGGAGAGUUUACACAACGUGGAGGGAGACUGCAACUUCUGCGACUCGGACUUCAGACUGUGCCACCCUUCACAGAAGACCACCACGGCCAGCCAGACCACGCCACAGCAGCAGCAGAUGCAGAUCGACCAGGACUACUUGGUGGCCGUGUCUCUGCAGAGGGAUCAGGGUGAAGCUCCUGGACCUUUAAGUGACCUGGAGCUGGCCAGACAGCUUCAGCAGGAGGAGUACCAGCAGCCUCAGCAGCAGCAGCAGCAGCAGCAGCAUGUCUCCGAACAGAUGCGAGGUCAGACAGUGUCUCACCACGGAGGACGGAGGCGGGGAGAGAAGAAGGAUGACACUGAUUGUUCCAUUUUAUAAAUCAGGGCCUUGAAACACCAAACCCAGUUAGUCUCGCUCUCUCGGACUGAGCUAACAUUCAUGUACGACUCCCCCUGCAACAGAAGACCCCAUUCACACUGACCCAACCCAGCCCGUCACGCCAAUGCAAGCCCGCCUUUUUUUCCUCUUUGGUUCUGCCUUUUCCUUCAGCUGAACACACUGGUCCCCUUUAUCUGAUACCCCACUGUCAGCCCACAUAUCGAGAGGCUUUGUCCUGUAGCCAAAACAAAGGUUUAAAGGGAAACUCCACUGAUUCCUUUACAAAUAGCUCUAUGAUUGAUUAUGUGAGGUGUAAUCAGAGUGAUUCAGAGUGGUUUGGUGUGAAAUGGUUCAGAUGUCUUUACAGUGGUGGUGAUGGGAACCAGGGGUCGCCAUGACUACAACACAGAUAUAGACAUUUUAUUUACUAUCCAGAACCACCAGUGAACCUACACGAGUCUUCUGAGUUUAUAUGGAAUGUUGAUGAUGGAAAAUAGUGGAAAAUCUGAAAUAAUACGUUUUCUUUGGGGACUAUUUUGCCUCACAGCGCCCUGCAUGUAUCCCUCCACCAUGAAUGGAGUUUAAGUUCUCUAAACUACCAUAAAACAGUGUCUCAGUCAUCAGGCAGUGAAUUCAUAACCAUUUCAUGUAGGAACUUUCUGUGAGGGAGCUUUUAGAGGUGGACGUCUGGUUCCUAUCACCACCACUGUGAACAGUUCUGACUCAGUAAGUUUCUCUAGAACUGAGCGUUUCACACCAAACCACUCUGAACCACUCUGAGCGACUCUGUUUACCUCUCAAGCAUUUAAUUAUGGAGAAAUUUUUAAAAAAUCAGUGGACUUUCCCUUUAACACUUGUGAAAUAUAUCUGUUUCAGUAUGCUGGCAUUACACAGAGCAACUUUACAGUAAUGUACACUUGUGCACACAGUGGCAUCAUAGUUCAGCUCUAUAUGCUAUGAAUGGUGCUAGUUUAUGCUGCAGUAUAAAUACAUUAGAGUGACCGAAUGUACUAAUUUUAUAAUGGCCAAUUAAACACUUGCUGUAAUAUUAUAUAGAUAUGCAACGGAUAUAUUACGACAGCUCCUGAGCGAAGUGGUUGUUCAGUGGGGGGAAAAAAAUGUAGCAAAAUUUUCCUCCAGCCAUUUAUAAUGUAAGUCAAAGGAACUGAACGUACAGAACACUCUAAACAUAUUAUUCUACUUAAAGGGCCCAUAUCAUAAAUUUUAGCUUUUUUUCCUUGAACACAUUAACGUUUUAUGCAUUAAACGUUGAUCCAAAACUCAGAAUUCACCCCCAUAUAUGAAAAAUAAGCUCCAGAAAUGGCCUGUUUUGUCUGUUGGCUUAUAUCCACCUAUUCACAGCCUACAGCAGUUUAGCCCCGCCCACUCACACUGACGUUAUAAGGGGUGUUUCAGACCAAACUGCUGUUUUCGAAUGAGGCAAAACAGGACAGCCAGUCAGAACAGAGCUCAUUUACAUGUAUCAGUCUUAAAGGUGCAGCAACAAAAACAGCCUCUUUAAUUCUGAGGGAUAAAGGACCAGAUUCACGAACUUCGUUCUUAAGAAAAAAGUUUAUUCUUCAAAUAAGUUCUUAAGAAUUCUUGUUUUCUUAACUGUUUUCUUAAGAAUAAUUCAAAGAACAAGUGUUAUUCCUGAAAAUAUUACGUUCUUAAAUGUUUUCUUAACUAUACGACAGACUCACUGUCUCAGACUCUGAGUUGAUGAGAUGAGAAACUAAAUGUAUCAGUUUAUCUGCUCUGUCCAUCCUCGUCCUGCUUUCUGCCGUCACUCCACACUUAUCAUAUUUUCUAAGGAGGAUUUUGUCCUGUUGGCUGUUUCGUCCUCCUCACCUCUGGAUCUUGUUUGCUAAUUUUUUAAGCGUUGAUUUGGGGUUUUUGCUCCGUUUUGCUCCUCUGAGCGGAUUAAACUAAAUAAGGGAAAUAACAGUUAAAUUCAAAUCCAAAAUAUCUUGCGUCAUUUAUGGUACGGAGUAAAAUGCAACGUAGCCAACAUUAAGAAAAUCUUCAGAAAGUAAUCAAGAUUAUCUUAAGACGUUCUCAAAUAUUCUCUUAAGUUUUUUCAAGAAUUGCUUUUAAGAACAUUCUUAUGAACUUAGUGUUUGUCUUAAGAACCUUUGCAAGUUUUUUCUUAUGAAAGUUUUUGUGAAUCCGACACAAAGAGAGGCUGAAAAUGAUCAUAUAUAGAUAUACUUGGCUUUUACAGUGAGGCUGCUUUUAUUUUGUUUUUAUAUUAAUGAGACCAAAAUGCAUCCAAACCCUGAACAUAAGUGUAUAUCAGUACUAAAGGCAGGAGUUUUCUAUCAAAAUGUACCAAUAUAGUGUCGUUUAUGGUACAGGGUAAAAUACAAUACAGUCUACACAAGAAAACAAUGAAAAUUUUCUGAAGAAAAUCUUAAGAAAAAUCUUUGAAAACUUCUUAAUUUUUUUUUUCAAGAACUGCAUUUAAGAACGUUCUUAUGAGCUUCUCAGUGUUUGUCUUAGGAACCUUCGCAAGUUUUUAUUAAGAACGUUUUCGUGAAUCUGGCCCCAGGGACAGCCAAUCAGAACAGAGCUCAUUUACAUAUAUCAGUCUUAAAGGUGAAGCCUGUUUAAGUCUGUGGGAUACAGAGAGGCUGAAAAUGAUCACACAGAUGAAUUUGGCUUUUACAGUGAGGCUGCUUUUACUUUGUUUUAUAUUAAUGAGACCAAAAUGCAUCCAAACCCUGAACCUAAGUGUUUAUCAGUACUGAAGGCAGGAGUUUUCUAUCAAAGUGUACCAGUAUCUGUUUUAUUACACUUUUAUAGCCAAGUUCUUUGACCACUGUUAUAAACCAGCUGCCAGCAAAGCCCAGUUCACCUUAAACAUAUCUGCACAAAUAUACAGCAGGCCAAACCAGAAAUCUGCCAAAAUGUCUGUCGUUCUUAAUCUGUUACUUGCUGUGUUGCUAAUGUUUUGUAUAAACAAACCUGAUCCACUAAAAGUAACCUGAAUUUCUGCUCUCCGUUCAGAAGCGAUGUGUAGUGCCAGCCAGGAGGUUAAAACAGGAGCGAGAUCGUAAAUCUGGCCAAAAUGAGUGUCACCUUUAAAAAUAACAUGAUUUGAAUCGAUAUUGAAACAUCUUAGAUCGGGACUCUAAGCUGUCUGGCAUCACAGAGUGAGCCAGUGAUUUGGUUUUAUUCUGAUUGAACAUCCAGUGAUUUGCUUUUGCUCUUAUUCAAGCACAGAAAAUGAAUCUUAGGAAGCUUUUCUUUCCUUUAGGGAGCGACGUUCUGGGCCUGAAUGUGACCAAACGUGUAAUAAUUAUGUAUUUAAUGUACCACACGGUGAUAAACAGCCUAUAUUAGAAGGCUAAGGUGUUUGAAGAGGCUGAUUCUCUCAUACAACAAGGAGUGCGUCGAAUCUCCCUCAGUAUAGCCUGUAUGAUCCGCGCUGAUGACUCGUUAGGUCUAGUGAAGGUCUAGUGAAGGGCUUUCUGUCACACUUGAUUCCACGUCUUAAUCACUUUUUGCUUUGUAUUUAAUUUGUCAAACUUCUCAGUAAAUGAUAUUGAAAUACUGA